AUGCUCCCUCCUAUACCCACUUCUAAGUCCAGAUUAAUAGUUUUCGCGCAGGCCUCGCCCACUGUACACGAUGUUCAACCAUGCAACCUACCAUCAGCAUACCAUCAGCAUUCUCUUGCUGCCGCCUGUGCCCCUAAUAAACUUGAAGGCUUCAGGUGUAAAUUAACAAUUUUUGCGCAAGUUUCGCCCUCUUUGUCCAGCCCUGAAACGGGCCAUCGACGUUCACAUCCUGCCGCUUAUUCGAACGCUCUAUGGGGUGUUGGGCUCAUUUUCCCUGUUUUGCUGCCUAGAAACCGUUUCGAACCUCACCUCAUCAUAGAGUCGAUCAGAGGAUCGUGGCAAAAAUUUCGAAUUCUGUGGAGAAUUCUGUUAAGGCAGUCCCCUGAUGUAAAGUUCAAGUAUCGAAUGAAGAUUACCGAGAGGAAGCACUAUCAUGAUGAGUUUAUUGAAGAGAGAAUCAAUAGAGCAAGGGAUCCAAGAGUCAAGGAGUUCUGGAGUGAAGUUCAGAAAUUGGAUACGGAUCUCACAAUCUCUGAAAGCGAUGCCUUCGAACGAGAAUUCCAGUGCUCUCGCAACUUGCUCCCGAUCAACGGAAAUUAA